AUGGAAGCUCUUCGGAACGAAGAAUUUAAAGAAAUAGUAAAUAGGGAGAGAAAAUACUGGCCAAGAGUUUUGGAUCACGUGAGCAAGCUCGAGAAAAAUAUUCGGGAGAGCACACCAGUUACCGGAGAGGACGUUAAAAUUUUGAAAUUUUUCCUCGAACAACUCAACAAUACAGAUCAAUAUGAGCUCAAUCAUCAGCGCUCUUCAAUCGGAGAUCUCGAAAAAGAUCAAGUUGCAAAAAACGAGUCUUCGUCAAAAACGCCAACUGCACCCGACUCUUCAUCCAAUACACCUCCAAAAACUUCAAAAUCGCCUUUGAAAAGGGUCCUUCCUUCCGACACUUGUAGCCCACAAGAGCCAGUUCAAAAGCAAAAGCGUCAUCAAAAAUAUAAAAUUUCCGAAUCGAAGAAGGGAUCCUCUAGCUCCUGGUCCAGAUCCGUCUCUAUGAAGCCUAGCCGAUUGGAACUCAACACAAAUCUCAACACCCAUUUCUCGGGGAUUCAUAAGCGAAUAUCCUACCGACCAGGGGACUCCCGAAGCCCGGCUUGGGGCUACGACCGACGAGGAACCUUCCAUGUCAAGCCUACUUUCAAGAUGUACGUAGCCCCGAAAAAUACCCCCUGGACCGUGGAAGUCGAAAACUUGAGCUCGGCAUGCAGCUGGUUUAAUCUCAAGGAAUUCAUGCAAAAGGCUGGAGAAGUGACUUAUGCGGGUGCCCACGGCCAUCAUGGAUUUAACCGCGGAGUGGUUUGCUACAAGCGGGAGGAUGGUGCGCGACGCGCUGUCGAAGAACUCGAUGGUCGUUAUUUCUGCGGACAGAAGAUCAAGCUCGUGUUCAGAGUUCGAGAAGAAUGGGGAGGCGAUGUCGCUGGAAACGACGGACGAGGCAGAUUCCGAAGUGACUCUCAAGGUCAACCCAGAAGCCGAUCUCGAUCUCCACGAACGCGAGACAACAAGUCCCACGAAAAGUCCUUGGAUCGAUCCCUAUCGAAGUCGAAGAGCAUCAAGCGAGAACCUCAAGAUUUUUUCACAGCGACUGAUACAUUCGUUCUUGAUCGAGGUUUGAAGUCUGAAACUGGUCACUGA